AUGGGUGAUAGCGAAGACGAAACCGGAUACCCGAAGAAGUUUUACCCUCUGAAUCGGCAAAACCAUCCGAUGUACAGCCGGCCGAUUCUCAAGCGUCACGCGUAUUACAACGAAGAAGACGACGAGCAAGAAGACGAAGACUAUCGCCAGGAAGAAGACGACGAAGGAGGAUACAGUAAUCAUCGUGGGAGCGAGAGGUUUCAGAAGAGGCAGAAACCGAACAAACCGGGUUCUGGUUCCGGGUACGAAUUCGCCGGUCCAAGCGAACCGAAAGCUGGUUACGAUUGGAGAGAGCAGGAAGCUUUCGUGCUGCUCGAAGUCUGGGGAGAUAGGUUCUUGCAGUUAGGUCGAAGGAGUUUGAGGAACGAGGAUUGGAACGAAGUCGCUGAGAAAGUCAGCGAGGAGCUUAGAUCGGAGAAGUCGGAGAGUCAGUGUAGGAGAGUGGUUGAUAACUUGAAGAGGAAGUAUAGGAAAGAGAAGAUCAAGAUUGAGAAAUCUGGAGUGAGUUCGAGCAAGUGGUGUUUCUUCAACAAACUUGAUAUGCUUUUGGGAGCUUCUCCUAAAUCGGAGUUAGGUUUAGCUUGUGGUGUUGAUUCGGGAGAGUUUGUGUUUAUGAGCACCAAGGUUUAUUUGGAUAAGUCUAAUGGGUUUGAUGAGAUGAUGGAUAGUCCUGGUGACUCGGAAGAAGAUGAUGGUGAUGAUGAGGAUGAUGAUCGUGAGGUUGAGAAUGAGAGGAGGAAGAUGAACGAUGCGGCGUCGUAUAAGCUGUUGGCGGAUUCGGUUGAGAGGUUUGGGAAGGUUUAUGAGAAGAUGGAGAGGAGUAAGAAGGAGCAGAUGAAGGAGUUGGAGAAGAUGAGAGCUGAUUUUCAGAAAGAUUUGGAGUUGCAGAAGAAGCAGAUUGUGGAGAGAGCUCAGACUGAGAUUGCUAGGUUACGUGAAGAGGAAGAGAAUCAUGUUGAUGGUGAUGGUGAUGAUGAUGAUGAGAAUGAAGAUGAGGGGAUGGAAAAUGAUUCUGAUGUGAAUCUCAGUGAUGAAUAA